AUGUUUAUUUUACUUUUUGUCUUAUUCAAUAUCACUCUUGGAUUCACUGUCUUCCCUCUUUCCCUCACUCCUUUUGUCUUUCCUCCUCUAAAUCUCUUUCUUUCCCUAUAUUUCUUUCAUUUAUUUACUCUCUCCCUUUCUCUCCACUUUUAUCUUCUAUUCAUGAUCUCUCUUUUAAUCACUGUCUUCUCUCUCUUUCUUUCUCCUUUUUCACUGUUUUCACUUUCUUCUUUUUUUAAAUUUCCAUCUCUUUCUCUAUAUCUCUUUCAUCUUUUAUUUAAUCUCUCUCUUUCUCCUUCUUUUUGUAUUUCAUUCUCUAUAUCUCUUUCUCUUCUUAUCCCUUCACUCUCUCUCUCCAUCACUCUCUCUCUCUCUCUCUUUAUUUUAUUCUUUUCAGCAUCUUAUCAAUACGUCUUGUACUCCUUUUACCUUUCUUCCUCGACACACACAACUAAACCUUUUCAGAUCUUCUUCCACGUCGCAAAUCGAUUUUCCUCAUAUCGAUCCGCACACCUAGGCAAAGGUCUAUUCGAAAUCUCCAACUCCCAGAGCAAGGCAAGCUUUUCAGAUUAUUGCCUCUCAUUCCAUCUCUUUCUCUCUCUUCGUCUUGCACUCUGUCCUUCUCUCUCUCUCUCUCUCUCUCUCUCUCUCUCUCUCACUCACUCAUUAUGUCUCUCUUUCUGUCUCUUUCUCUGCCUCCCUAACUUUCUCUUUCACUCUCUAUUUAUGUCCUUUUCUCUUUCACCCUAUUCUUCUAUCUUGUUCUCUGUCUUCUUCCCUCACUCUCCGUGUCCUUCUCUAACUCUCUGGUCCUGUCUGUCUGUCUCUUUCUAUCUCUGA